AUGGGGCUGGAAAAUCGAGGUCCUCUGUACGAGGAUCAUGACGAAGAAUCGGGUCGACCAAGUAGAGGAGAAGCUGCAUCCGGAUUGGGCUCGAGCCUCCUCCGUGAUCCCAUCAUGCCUUCUGCCCUUCCUCGUCCGCCCUCCCACGCUCUUUCCAGCAUCAGCGUCUAUUCUUGGGGACGGGGACGGUUGAGGCGUCAUGGCGUGGAGUGGAGUGGCGUGACGCGGCAUGCUAGUGAAAGUGAGAUUCCAAUAAUUCGGGAGGGCCACCAGAAAAAGAAGGUCAUCAGAAUAGACAGCGAAGACUCAAGAGAAGACUUCAGCGGAGCCGGACCCGGAGUCUGA